AUGCAUCUUGCUAUUUGGAACAUAAGAGGAUUUAAUAAAUCCUCCAAGCACAAGAUAGUAAAGCAGUUCAUACAAGAAUAUGAUAUAUCAUUAAUAGGCCUUCUGGAAACUAAACUUCAUGAAAAUAAGCUGAAAAGGAUAGUUAUGCAAAUUACCAAAGACUGGAAAUGGACUUCUAAUGUGCAUGAAGCCAGGAAUGGAAGAAUUUGGAUUCUAUGGGAUUCUGAUAUUUUCAAUGUUCAAGUAUUAAGCUCAACUGAUCAACACAUUACUUGCACCAUUGAUUCCAAAAAUGGGAAGUUCUCUAGCUUGUGUACUAUUGUUUAUGCUCAGAAUCAAAUGGCUAACAGAAAGACCCUUUGGAGAGAUCUUCUGGCUCUUAAAAACAAUGUCAAUGGUCCCUGGGUCAUUGGAGGGGAUUUCAAUACAAUUUCUAGCUAUGAUGAAAAGAUUGGAGGUAUACCAGUUUCUGAUACUGAUAUAGAGGAUUUUCAAAAUUUCAUCAGUGCAAGUCAUUUACUUCAUCUAAAAUCAAUUGGAUGCUACUUCACAUGGAAUAAUAAACAGGAUGCUGAUAACAGAAUCUGGUCUAAAUUAGACAGAUGCUUGGUUAAUGAGGAUUGGAUCCAUCAAUAUACAACCAGUCAAGUGGAGUUUCUGCUGCCUAGAUGUUCUGAUCAUUCUCCUGCCUUGUUAACUAUUGAAGAUGAUGCUAUAAAGGGUAAAAGGCCAUUCAAAUUCUUCAACAUGUGGGUAAAACAUCUUGAGUUCAUCCCUACAGUCAAAAAAGUCUGGGAGCAAAACAUUGAAGGUUACAAAAUGUACAGUUUCCACACAAAGCUCAAGAAGUUAAAGCUUGCUCUCAAAGAACUGAACAAGAAGCAUUUUAUGAAUAUAAGUGAACAAGUGCAUAGAGCAAAAGAUGAAUUAGCUGAUACUCAAAGGCUGUUAAAUGGUGAUCCCUUCAGUUCAGAUUUGAUCAAUAGAGAAAAGGAGUGUAUCAAAAAAUAUGACAGAUUACUGGAAUGUGAAUCUUCCUUCUACAAGCAAAAAGCUAAUAUCAGUUGGAGUUUAGAAGGAGAUAAAGGCUCUAAAUUCUUCCACUCUAUCAAGAAAAAGAAAAGACAUCAUAAUAGAAUUCUUACGCUAUAUAAUGAAAGAGGAGAUAGAAUCACUGAUAAUGAGGGUAUUAUAUCUGAAAUUGUUGGAUAUUACAACAAAUUGCUGGGAACCUCAGUCCCUACAUCUGAUCCUGAUCCGAUGGUGAUUGCUAAUGGACCUCUCCUCUCACAUGAUCAGAGUUAA